AUGGCAGGCCUCCCACACAGCAAGCACUUAAGUGGUCACUCCUCAGUUAGUUUAGGACUUCCAGGAAGGGGCACCAAGGGAUGCUGUCUUCUCAAUGUGGGUUCAAGAGCUGCACAGGGUGGUGGUGGUGGAGGCGGUAGCAGUGGUGGAAGUGGUGGAAGUGGUAGUAAUGGUGGUGGUGGUGAUGGUGGUGGUGGUGAUGGUGGUAAUGGUAAUGGUGGAAGUGGCAGUAAUGGUGGAGGUGGUGAUGGUGGAAGUGGCAGUAAUGGUGGUGAAGGUGGUGGUGGUGGUGGUGGUGAUGGUGGUGGUGGUAGGAGCAGUUGCUGGGGUGCAGCCAGCCAACACCCAGUUCUUGGAACUUGCAGCAACACUGGAGUUUCUGUUUCCCUGGGGAUUGGCUAA